AUGAAUGCGUUUGUCUUCUGCAUUAUUCUGAUCUUCUUCAUAAGAAAACACAAUGACAGUACGGCGUCGGUCUUCCUGCUUGUAUUUCACAGGAAUAGUCACCGCCUUUUCACCGGAUUUAUCGUAAAGCCUCAGGAAGCACCUUAUCUUUCAGAUAUUGUAGCACAAGGAGACACAGCUGUUGAGUUCGGUCAAGAUGCUUCAUUCUCUUGUGCGCUGUCAGAUGCGUCUGGUGUCAAACAAGUCACCUGGCAGCGGGUGCGCGACACGGAACCCGUACAAACUCUGGCUACAUACAGCGACCUCUUCAAGGAUCACGUGGAUGACCAAUAUGUCGGAAAAGUCAAUUUCACAGCAUCGUCAGUUGAUUCAACGUCCAUUGAGAUCAAAAACGCAACAUUUGAAGACGAGGCUUGCUACAUUUGUUCCUUCAAAGUGUAUCCACUCCAACCUAAACGACAAACCUUGUGCCUCACUGUUAAAGGUGUAUCAGAAAUAACAGCAUCAGCGAAUCCUGCACCUAGUUCUGAUCCAGAUGUUGUAGUCUCAUGUUCAGCCACUGGUAAACCGGCUCCAACUAUCUUCUGGAAAUCUGCAGAGAAAGAGUUGAACAACUUUAGGUCAAGUAAUUUCACAACUCUCAACAAAGACAGUUCAACCACCAUUACGAGCAACCUCACGCUUCCACUGUCACAGUUUCAUGGGAAGUACGUGGAAUGUGUGGCUCAGAGUGACGGCAUAGAGAAGAGCGUCCAAAUCUUUGUGCCUGAUGAAGAUAACAAAGAGAAUAAAGUCACAAUAAGAAAUUAUAUAAUUCCGAUGCUGGUCUUGAUUAUCAUCAGUAUUGUCAUUAUCGUCACCUAUCUUCACACCAAGUUAAAUGAUAAAGAUGAUCAAAAAUCUGCUUGUUUGGCUUGAACUACUGUGCAACUGUUACUUUAUUCAGAAUUUAUCAAUCUUUCUGAUGCUACUUUUGUCAUCUGCUAAAAAAAAGUCAUUUCAUGUUUACAUUUGUGAAUAAGCUAAUUUUUAGAUAAUAGUAUAAAUAAUAUCUGGUUACCUGAGAGAGUCUGCAUUUCUCCACAGUUUCUACAUCCUGCGUCUGCACUUUAAGUUCUUUCAACCUGACAUUCGGUAUUAUUUAUUGUUGUGAGAUUUGUCUAUAGGAUUUUAAAUAAUUCUGUUACAGCUGUCUGUCUUAGAGUAAUAUGCUCAAUUUAAUUUUAAGCAGUAAAUCAUUUUGUAUUUAUUAUGUUCAUGCUACCAA